AUGACUGUUAUGAGCAAUAAAGACAAAGAAAAAUGUGAUGCCAUCAUCAAGAAAGUGUUGUUCAAGAUUGGUGACCAUGUCAAACUCAUGCACAAAGGAUGUUUUGGUCUGGAACUGCGAUUCAAGGGUCCAUUUGUAGUCAUGAACAAGAACGAGGCUUAUGGUACUUAUCAAUUGAAAACUAUGGAAGGUAAACCUCUCACAUCCUGGGUUCAUAUUGACCAUUUGUACAAGACACAUGGUGAUGCCCCUCAAGACACAUGGUAUAACCCAAAUGCCUCUUGCUCUGCCUGGCGCACUGCUAUGCGACUCUUGGACUUGGAGAUUCCGAAUGACACGGUCGAUCCUGUGGCUUCACCAGAUGAUGUUGGUGCUUGUGGACGAUCACAAAGCCAGGAGGGGGGUAAUGUCAGAGUUGAUAUCAGUGAACAAAAUCAGUAG